ACCAAUCCGGCCCAUUUAGGUGAUAAGCAAAAUUCGUGUGCAGCUCAGGAUCACCAUAACCUUCAACUUCUCAUCUACACUCUUCCAACCAGAAGUGUGUGAGCGAAGAGCAAAACAAAAACGUAACCAUGGCUUCUUCUUUGCUUCUCUCUCCACUUUCUAGCUUGACGAUUACUGAAAAUCACGAGCUGGGUUCUGGUAAAUCAACUUUCAUAUCCAAUCCCAAUUUCUCCUUUGCAACUUCUGUUCACAGUCGCAGGCCAAACGGCGUUCGAGGUUAUUGUUACAGGUCUCCGGUAGCUAAGUCUUUGGACCAUAUACCCCAAAAAUUCAGACAGGAAAAUCUCAAAGAUGGACUACUGGACAACUAUAAAAGUGCCCCUCAGUAUCUUUAUGGCCUUAGUCCUUCACAGAUGGAUAUGUUCAUGACAGAAGAUAACCCAGCCCGGCGACAGUCAGAAAGUGUCACUGAGGAUAGUAUAUCUUCAGCCAAUAACUAUCUGAGCAAUGGUGGAAUGUGGAGUAUGUCUGGCAUGAAUGAUCGGGGCCCCUCGAAAUACAGCAUGAGCGUCAGCAUGUACCGUGGAGGAGCAAGAGGAUCUGGAAGACCUCGAACUGCGCCUCCUGAUUUGCCAUCUUUGCUUUUAGAUGCUCGAAUUGUCUAUCUGGGCAUGCCUAUUGUACCAGCUGUUACAGAGCUACUUGUUGCUCAGUUUAUGUGGUUGGAUUAUGACAAUCCAUCAAAGCCUAUAUACCUAUAUAUAAACUCAUCAGGCACACAGAAUGAGAAGAUGGAGACUGUUGGUUCUGAAACAGAGGCGUAUGCCGUCGCUGACACAAUGGCAUACUGCAAAUCAGAUAUCUAUACAGUGAACUGUGGCAUGGCAUAUGGUCAAGCAGCAAUGCUUCUGUCACUGGGAAAGAAGGGGUUCCGUGCUAUGCAGCCAAAUUCAUCUACAAAAUUGUAUUUACCUAAAGUCAGCAAAUCCAGUGGAGCAGUGAUAGAUAUGUGGAUCAAGGCCAAAGAACUAGAUGCAAACACUGAUUAUUACCUUGAACUAUUAGCGAAAGGAAUUGGAAAACCAAAGGAAGAAAUCGAGAAAGAUAUUCAACGCCCUAAAUAUCUGCGGGCACAAGAAGCCAUUGACUAUGGCAUUGCAGACAAGAUAAUCGAUUCAAGAGACAAUGCAUUUGAGAAAAGGAACUAUGAUGAGAUACUCGCCCAAUCUAGAGCUAUGAGGAAAGCCGGACCAGGUGCUCAGGCUGCUCCAUCUGGCUUCAGGUGACUGGAAGAGCGGUAAUGGUCACAAGCUUUCAGGAACAACUGUUGUUCCCUUAUAGUUUCGAGGAACAAAGUUGCUGGUUACUUGGUCUGUGCCGGUAUAAUGUAAUUGGGACAAAGCACGUAUUGUGGAAACCAUGUUUGAGCUUGUGAAGUAUAGGGGGUUUACAACUAUCAUGCACAGGUCUGCGAAAAGUACUCAUAAUGUCAAUUGGUUGUACCAGUAUCAAACAAUCAGAUAGUGGCAGUGUAUGGUAUAAAUGAAUAUAAAUCUCUCUGAUGUCAUUUUGCGUUUAACAUGUUCCAUAUCAUUUA